AUGGGAAAAGCCAUGGCUGGUAGAAUCUCGCAAGUGGAGAAUAGUGUAAGGCUGAUUGUUUUAUUAGCCAUGUUAAUAAUAGCACCCAUUAGAGCAGAUCCAGAGACCAGUCUUUUAACCUGGCUAUGCGUCAGAAUCUCCCCCAACAACUCAACCCUCUUUGAGCAAAUUUUGGACGCCACGCUGGCAUCUGUGGUGAAAGAAGUUGCUCUAUCUGGAUUUGUUACAAAAGAGCAGGAGACAUCAACAGACACAACAACAGCUUCAGUAAACGUUCUGGCGCAGUGCAGAAAGGAUAAGUCCCCUGCCGAUUGCUUUAGUUGCAUAAAAGUUGCAGAGAAUCAAAUUCGGAACUGUUCUGGUGUGUCCGCCAUAGCAUACUACGACGGCUGUUAUCUGCGUUACGCAGAUUCAAAUUUUUAUGAUCAAUACAAUGAUGUCACACAUAAACAUGUGUGCGGCACAGUCGAGGCCGCAGAUUCUAGUUCAUUUUCGGCAACAGGAAGAAGUUUGAUUAGUGACCUUUGCAAGGCAACUCCUCGAAUAAAUGGUUAUUUUGCUGCGCAGACCAGACAAGGCCCGUCUAAUGCGACUAUCUAUGGACUUGCCUUCUGUUUGCGUUCCAUUCAAAGGAAAUCCUGCGAAAGUUGUCUGAAUAUUGCUCAGGACAACAUAAAUAAUUGCUUUCCUCUCUCUGACGAACGGGCAAUGGACGACGGCUGCUACUUGCGAUACGAUUCCAAACCCUUUUUCCCAAGCAAUGCUACUGUCGACUUGGCACGUUUCUUACCCAGAGGGAACAGGGCGAGUUCUCCAAAGUUGAUAAUAAUUGCUGUUGCGGGAGGGGUAUUCCUACUUGCCCUUCUAUAUUGUCUGCUUGUCUUCCGGAAGCAGAUUAUCCGCCCAAGCCAGAAAAAAGAUAUUGAAGGAGCAAGUGAACUCCGUGGGCCAGAAGAUUUUGAAUUCAAGAUACUGAAAAAGGCAACUAACAAUUUUGAUCAAGCAAAUAAACUUGGACAAGGAGGAUUUGGUGAAGUAUUUAAGGGUACGUUGAAAAAUGGCAAAGUUGUGGCAGUAAAGAAGCUGAAAUUAGGUCACUCUGUCAGUGCACAUUCUGAAUUCGAAAUCGAAGUGAAACUCAUUUCUAAUGUUAAUCACAGAAAUCUUGUGCGUUUACUUGGAUGUUGCAGACAAGGCCAAGAAAGACUCUUGAUUUAUGAGUACAUGCCUAAUGGCAGCCUUGAUAGAAUAAUAUUUGGAAAAAAUAAAAGACUUUUGAGUUGGAAGGAAAGGUUCAACAUUAUCCUGGGUACUGCUCGUGGUCUGGCCUAUCUCCAUGAGGAGUUCCAUGUCUGUAUCAUUCAUCAUGAUAUUAAACCAAGCAAUAUAUUACUUGACCACAACUUUCAGCCAAAAAUAGCAGAUUUUGGGCUGGCAAGACUUCUUCCAAAUGAUAAAACUCAUGUCAGCACAAGAGUUGCAGGAACACUAGGAUACACUGCUCCUGAAUACUGUAACCGUGGGCAAUUAACAGAGAAAGCUGACACCUAUAGCUUUGGUGUGGUGGUUCUUGAAAUUAUCAGUGGUAGAAAAAGCAUUGACUUGAAGCAACCACCUGAUAUGGAAUAUCUUCUUCAAUGGGUUUGGAGCCUAUACGAGGAUGACAAGGUCUUAGAGGUGGUGGAAAGUGAAAAGGAGAUGGAAGGGUAUAGCGAAGAAGAGGUGUUGAGGGUGAUAAACCUUGCACUUCAAUGCAUACAAGCUUCUGUCAAACAUAGGCCAUCGAUGUCCGAGGUCGUGAGAAUACUCUUAAAUGAAGAUAAGAUUGAUUUUCAGAAACAUUUGCAAUCAUCCUUCGUAAAUGUGGAGAACAAAGACUAUAUGAAAUCAAAUGCAACAAUUAGUGUUCAAUAA